AUGAACUUCAAAAUUUUCAGCGCCUUUCGGCGAUACAUCAUCCCUGCUUGCAUCAUGGCUUUCACAGCAGCGUACAACUUCGUGAGUUGGGCCACAUCCCGACUGUCCCGCAAGUCUCUGCGCAAUAAUGGCCCAAGCCUGGAUGUCGUCGGAAACGAGAUCAAAGAUGACAAAGGAAGGUCCUUGUACACAGUCAAUCCAGAGUCCGGCGACUUUGAACGGCUGGUCGUCCAAGCCCGGGAAGAGUGUAAGGGAGCAGGUGUCACCUGGGAGCAAAGCUCUUUGACCGUUGGCACCCCACGUGUGUUUCGUGCUGCAUUUUGGCAUUACAAAGGUAUCCCAAUGGCCAGGAGGUGGGAUCAAAAGAGCUAUCGAUGGUACGAUUGGUUGUCGAUUACGUGUCGCUGGGUACCCGGAGGCGUCGCAUUGGCAGCAGUUCUCCCUGUAGCUUACUUCAGCAAGCCUCGUCCAGCAUAUAAGGAUCCGUAUGCCUAUGUCGAGGUGCGUUGCAAAUGGUAUUUCUACCCGCGCCUGGCAAGGAACAUCUCAGAGAAUAGACCGUCCGUUCGGAGGCGAUUGGAACAGAAGGGUAGACACGAGCCAUUUGGAGACCCUUGUCAACCAUAUCGGGCUUUUAGACCCACUCGUCUGUGUUUCGUUACUGAGAAGACCGACAAUUCUGUCGCCAAUGAGCAAGACGAUUAUUGGUACGUCGCCAGGGAUUUGACCAAGAAAGAUGAUAUGGAGUAUGUCUUCAUAUCAUACUCAUUCUCACAAUUCGAAGUCCAAGAUGAUUCAAAGCGAGAAGAGAGCAUCGGCCUACUUUACGCUACCGCCGUGAAUAUAACACGCGAACUUGGAUAUAAAGCAUUCUGGCUCGUCAACGAAUGUCAACGUCAACUUGAUCCCAACCUUGACGCUGAGAAGAGAAAGGAGCUUAUAGAUCAAGACCUGGUAGAACACUUCACAAACCUCCACCUCAGCCGCCUGGAGCUCAGCAGCAUUGCUAUACAAUGUCUGCGGCGCCGGGUCUUGAAAGAGAAGCACCCUGGCGAUCGCAGCUAUGCCCUUAUGGGUCUUCUCCGGCUCAGACCACUAAUAGACAGCGAAGAUAGUGGUUUUCAGGCUUUUGCAAGACUCUCUUUGGCCCAGGACAGCGACCGUUUACUAGAACGUCUGAUUUUCCUUCUUCCCGAAUCUCCACUGCACCCCUGGGAGAAUAUGUCGGACGUUUACGGCUCCAAGUUGUGGGAUAUCGAGCCGAGCUGCCAGGUCUGCGGCAUUGGCGAGAACGACACCAUAAUCCUCGACGGCCUGCGUGGAGGGCUCAUUCAGUGGUCACAGUUCAACUGCGUCUUCAGAGACCAGCCUUGGAAGGCCUUUACAGUGAGAAUCUACAGCAUUGUCAUGAUCAUUAUCUUCCUCUGCAUAUUUAUAUGGCAGAUAACGUUUGCGGCGGGUGUGGAGUCAGUCCUUCAGUCUCAUGAUGACCCUAAUUCAAACCAAAGCUCGCCAGUCAUACAACUCGCCUACAUAUUGGCUCCAGUGAUAGCAAUGGUGAUAAUCCUAAUUGCAAUCAUGCCUGCUCUUGGUCCCUUCCUCCUUGGUCGGAGACAAGCACAUUCAGUCGAACCCUACCUCUUUGGCUUUGAGGGGUACAUGCCGCUGGACCAGAUUGAGGAGCGGCUGCUCGGCAGCUACAGCAACCGCUUACAAUGGAGUGCACAUAGCUCUGCACACUCCAGACACGUGCAAGGUACGAAACGCCAGGAGCCUCUCGUCUCUGACCUCGAGUCUCGUUCGAGCGGCACAGUUCUAAGGCUCGAGGAUAAAGGCGAUUUGAGUCCCUCGCUCAACCCAGUCUGGACCUACGCCAUGAAACCGAUUGACCCACUAUCACAAUGCGAGAACUGCAUUGACGGCAAAAAAGGGAGCGUUUCGAAUGGUGGGAAAUGCUCACACGAGACCCAUGAAUCAGCACUCAAGAAGGCAAAAGCAGAUUAUGGGAGCUUGAAGUUGUUUACUCUUGUCGAUACUGGUAGCAUGGAGGUUACACUUUUCGAGUCUGUCCGCCCUCCUGUCGCACUGUUCACUGGGGCGUCAGAGGGCGGCAUGAGGCGAGCUUUAGCUUGUUCCCUCGACAUCAGCACCGGGACAUUCUACCGGGAAACAGUCUUGAGAGUUCCAGGGACCACAGAGGACAAAAUGAGAUCUGUUCCCCGAAUUCGUUUAGGUUUGAAGUGCCCGCAAGAUUGGUUGCACAAGUGA